ACCCGCCUCUCUUAUCUUCUCCUCUCCUGGAACUCUCUCUCGGGCCCCAUCCCCUCGUUCCUCUCCCAAAUCCCCUCUCUCACAGACGUCGACCUCUCUUUCAAUAAAUUCUCCGGCUCAAUCCCCCCUGAACUUGUCAAGCUUCCUUCUAUCCAACUAUUUGAUUUCUCCCGCAACCGCCUCACCGGAUCGAUUCCAGCUGAAUUCGGCAAUUUCCCCAAAUCCUCCCCACCGGAUCUUGUUCUGAACCACAACAGCCUCUCCGGCGAUUUACCGAUCUCCCUCGGCGUACCGGUAUGGGGUAAAAUAGAUCUGAGCCGGAACAAUUUGACUGGCGACGCUUCUUUUUUAUUUGGUGCGGGCAAGUCGACGCGGUAUAUUGAUUUGAGCAGGAAUGAGUUCGCGUUUGAUCUUAGCCGGGUUACGUUUCCGGUGAACUUGACGGUUUUAGAUCUGAAUCAUAAUAAGAUUACAGGGUUCAUACCAGCUCAGAUAAACCAGGUGGACCCGACUUACUUUCCUCUGUUCAAUGUAAGUUAUAACCGGCUAUGCGGUGAGAUUCCGACUGGGCCGAUCACGGCUAUGUUUGGGGUGGAUUCCUAUUUUCACAACAAAUGUCUCUGCGGUUCGCCGUUGCCUCCCUGCACUAGCAAGCAGAUUUAG